AUGGACGAGUUUGAUAGAGAAGCAGACAAUGAGUUAGAGUUUGUGGCAAGCUCUAUAAAAAAAGUGAAAGUAUAUUCUAGUUUUGAAAGUAUGAAACUUAAGCCAGAGCUAUUGAAAGGAAUAUACGCAUAUGGAUUCGAGGCACCUUCUUCUAUUCAAUCAAGAGCAAUAAUGCAAAUAAUAUCAGGAAGAGAUACUAUAGCACAAGCUCAGUCUGGAACAGGAAAAACAGCAACAUUUUCGAUCGGAAUGUUACAAGUUAUAGAAACUAAAUCAAAGGAAUGUCAAGCAUUAAUAUUAUCACCAACGAGAGAGUUAGCUGUGCAGAUUCAAAAUGUCGUGAAGAAUUUGGGAGACUACAUGCAUGUUCAAACACACGCUUGUGUGGGAGGAACUCAUGUUGGAGAGGAUAUUAAAAAGUUGCAAAAGGGUCAACAUAUUGUAAGUGCAACACCUGGCCGUGCUUUGGAUGUAAUCAAGAGAGGCCAUCUAAAUGUCAGAAAUAUUAAGAUGUUGAUUUUGGAUGAAGCAGAUGAACUUCUAUCCAAGGGUUUUAAGGAGCAAAUUUAUGACAUAUACAGACAGCUUCCAUCGACCGUGCAAGUAGUUGUGGUCAGUGCGACCGUUCCCAGAGAUGUUCUCGAUAUGACCUCUAAGUUUAUGGCUAAACCUGUGAAGAUAUUGGUGAAACAGGAUGAUAUAUCUUUAGAGGGAAUAAAGCAGUACUAUAUUCAGUGUGAGAAAGAAGACUGGAAGUUUGAUACCUUAUGCGAUUUGUAUGACUCGUUGACGAUUACUCAGGCAGUGAUAUUUUGUAACACCAAGAUAAAAGUUGAUUGGCUUGCUGAGCAAAUGCGCAGACAGAACUUUACUGUGGCAUCAAUGCAUGGAGAUAUGAAGCAGGAUGACAGAGAUAAUGUGAUGAGCGAUUUCAGAUCAGGAAGUUCAAGGGUACUUAUCUCAACUGAUGUUUGGGCUAGAGGAAUAGACGUACAGCAAGUUUCGCUUGUUAUAAACUAUGAUAUUCCGAAUGACAUGGAAAAUUACAUCCAUAGAAUAGGUCGGUCUGGGAGAUUUGGCCGCAAGGGAGUAGCUAUAAAUUUGGCUACCAGUGAGGAUAUUGGUUUAUUACGUGAUAUCGAAAGACAUUAUUCGAUUAAAAUCAGAGAAAUGCCGGUUAAUAUUAAUGAUGUUAUGUAG